AUGGAUGAUCUAUCCUCUGAUGGUAAUAUGGAUUCGGCGCCGCCCGAUAUACAUGUCUCUAGAUCUUGGUUUGGAGAUAAUCAGCAUGAUGAAUUCAAGGAGCCUUCCCAUGAGGAACUUGAAGAAAUACCAAUUAAUGGGGAUGACGGUAAUUGCCGUAAAUGUGUUAAUAGACAGACUCAUCGAACGACGCUAAUUUCCGAAUGUACUUCGCUUUAUAAUAUUGAAGACAUUGGUGGAGAUUCACUAGGAUUAACUGCGCUUUGUAAAGACAUGGAUUCUUUCAAUCAAAUGGAUGGUAAAGCAACAAAUUCAGACUUCAAUUACUCUAUGGGGCGCCAGAACUCAAGCCAGAAUUUACUGUCGUUUUGUAAUAAAGGAAACAGGGAAGAUUAUUCCGAUCAAAUUAUUGAAGGGGUUUUUCAUGCGGCUCCUUCCAGUGAGCCGCCAACAGGAAGUUUGUUGUGCAUGCAGCAGGGGCACCUGAGUGACAGGCUAUCAUAUCCCUGUUCCAUGUCUGCAAUGGUAGCAAACAAGCAAUUCGAUCGCUGUGGAGAAGGGCACUGUUUUCCCUCAGCUCAAUAUGAGCACACAGAACCCAUCUUUGAAGAAGAUAGAAGUUCGCGCAUGGCGGAUCUAGAGUAUUUUGCUAAUAUGGACAAUGAUUCGUGGCUGGAUGCUAAAGUAGACCUAAAUUUGGGAUCCAGUUCUUGGAUAAAUGCACUGGCAUCAAGGAUACAACCUUCAGAUCCUCAUGAGUAUUUUCCAACUAGUUCAGGGAAGUCAAAUCUCUUUUUGGAGGUAGGUAUGUAUUAUGCAGACAGGUUAGGCCAUGAUGAAUUGACUGUUUCAGAUCAAUAUGGUAUUACGCUUCAAGAUACAGUUAUGAGACCCCCGAGUACUGUAGGACUUAAUUGUAACAGCCUUGAUGAAUCCAGUAAAGGGUUAGAUGCGUACUCACAUAUAUCGGGUUCGCACUCUGGGACACCUUGGAAAAUUACUUCAGGAACUACAAAACAAUCUUCUUGGGACGUUUUUUCAAGAUUGGAUGCAUUGAAUUCACGUAUACAAGGGUUGUUUUUCAGCGUAGAUAGCGCUCUUUCAAAGUCUAGAUGUGAGGAAUCUUUGGCGGUCAAUAUCGAAGAAACAGGAAAUUUGGAUGGGAAACUAACCUUCAGUAACUUCCCACCAUCCGAAUUUAGCAAAGAUAAUCGAUUUGACAAUGAGAGUGGCUCGAUUGUCUCAAGCGGAAUAACAUCGAACAAAGAAGUCAUUGACAUUUGGACACUUGGGAUGGCCUCUGCUGAAUCCGUUCUCUCCGAUCCUGAGGACUUUGAGUUGGGUGAACUUUAUGCAAGUAAUAAGUCAGAGGUUUUACAGAAGGCAAAUGCAAAAGCAAUAGAAAGGUUACAUGAAGGAGAUGAUCAUCCUCAAAGGAAAAUUAAAAAUUUUGUUGGUGAAAAAGGUCUAUAG